AAAGAAGCCUUUAGCGAGAAAUAUUGAAAUUGGAUGAUCCACUAGUCGACCCCGCACGUUAUUAUACAAUUUGGAAAAGGGAUUACUAGAGGUAACCACCGUCCAUUAUAACUGUGUAUAAUACCUACACAGCAGGGUAGCAGCAUGGCUAACUCGUUAACUAAUGAGGGAAGCAGUGGAAAAUUGAAUCCGGUGCCAGGAGCAGGGAGUGGUGUUGGGCUGGCAUCAAAGAGGAAUUUAUCAGCGAAGUUGGCCAAGUGGAGAACAGCUGCCUUGAAAGCCAAGGAGCUUCCUGACCCCUGGGAAGGGUAUCACUUUGAUGAUAUCCCGGAGGAGAGGGUCACGAGAUACAUGUACAACCCUCGCUCGGGGAAAUGGAAGACUGAUGAGAUAGUCGUAAAGAUGCAAUCACAGGUAUUUGUAUCGCCCCAUAUUGUAGGCAUACCUGAAAUAUUUGUGCAUUAAUUAAUUCACACCAGGCCUCUGAAUCUUCAUAUAAUCAAACAUAUUACGCAAAGCGUAGUUCACAAUAGCUCAUGAAUUUCGAUUUCUUGAAGUAACCUUGAGCCCAAACCACUUGUGAAAUUAACGCCGUCUUUAUUACCUCUAUAUAAUACGAAUAUGGGUAUAUAUGCAUUACUAAGCCAUCCGUGCCAGCGCUUACGCGCUCAUAAACUAAUGUAUAUACUGUCUUUCACUCCUAUUACAUCACUAGAGUUUUAUAGAUUGAAUCAAAUUUCGUCCCUCUUAUUUCGACAGUCGUUUGCUCACGGCGCUAUGAGGGAGUGCUACAGAAUGUAAGUGAACAAUGCACCACUUGUGUGUACAAAUAUUCUCCCUUUAGUAUCCGAUGGUAUAAGUUAAUGAUAUAAUUAAUGUAGUUAUUACACCGCUAAGAGGUAUGUUGCUGGUAGGCCCAAAAUGGUGUGCAUAAUUUCCCAGUGUAUUAGUGCACCUGAACAAAUAACAUUAUUAACAAAUAACAUUAUUAAUAGGCCUUGAUCGCGGCUAAUAACACUACAAACCACAUUGUUAACCAACUAGAAUAUAACAAAUUCGUUUUAAGUGAGGGUAAAAGUGGGCAUUCAUUAACAGAAAUCCUGGCAGAAUUUACCUCCAUUUUUAGCUGUAGUUUAGUACAACGUAUAUAUAUGUAUACUGUGUUGUAGGAAGAAAUUGUCCAAAUUUUCCACCCAUCCGGACUGGAGAAAUGCGUCCAACUACGUGGCCAAGCGCUACAUGAAGGAGGCGGGCAGGCAGGUGUAUUUCCAAGACGUGAAGUUGCAGAUGGACGCCAAGUUGUGGGGAGAGGAAUACAAUCAACACAGACCUCCCAAAAAGGUGGACUUUUUCCAGACGUACAUCAUAGAGCUGAAGGGGGCGAAGGGAUGUCCGCUGUACUGUGUGGAGCACCUCAUAGAGGGAGACUACAUCAAGUACAACUCCAACUCGGGCUUCGUCUCGGACGUGAACCGGCUCACUCCCCACGCCUUCAGCCACUUCACGUUCGAACGCUCGCAGCACCAGCUCAUCAUCGUCGACAUACAGGGGGUAGGUGACCUGUACACAGAUCCUCAGAUGCACACAGUGGACCAGAGAGACUACGGAGAGGCCAACCUCGGAACGAAGGGAAUGGCUCUGUUUUUCUCCUCCCACAUAUGCAACCCCAUCUGCCUGGCAAUGGGUCUCACGCAGUUUGAUCUGAGCAGCGAAGAGCUGGACAGACUGCAGGAUCGGAAGUGGAAGCUAGCGUCCUCUGCAGCCACCAAGAUUCACCCGUCUCAGAGCGAGCCUGUGCUGGCUAGUAUGCGUGGGAAAAGAGAGGACGGGGGGAGAGGGAUAGAGGCUGGGAGCGAGACAACCGUCAGGGACGCCUUUAAGCAAAUUGGACUGGCCUUCGUACGGAAUCCUCCUCUCAGAACUGGGAGUGGUUCCCUGGGUUACCUGCCUCCCGGUAGCCCACUGGAGUCACCAGGGAUCACCAUGACACACCAGCACUUUAUGAGUGUUAGUGAGGAUGGGGCUGGGGAGGAUGGGGAGGAUGGGGAGAUGGGGGAGGAUGAUGCCAUUGAAGAAACCUCAUCCCUGGGGCCGGAGAGCAGUGAGAGGUACAUGGGUCCACCACAUGCAGCUGUCUGCUACUCUUCCAGUGUUCAGACUGAAUUCACUCGAGAAAGAGGAGAGGAGAAGGGAGAAGGAGCAAGUGAAAAGGACAGCUUGAAGAUACUGGGCCUGAUCCACUGGGAGCUCGCUGUGUAUCACGAGCUGGGUCGGUUCUCGCAGGACCAGGUUCCAGACCUGGCCUCCGUGCGGUUCCACUUGGAGACAGCCGCUGCCUGUACUUUACCCUCUGCACUUUACACCCUGGCACGCAUUUACCUUCAACUGCCUCACGAUAGUUUCAAGGACAUCUCAGUCACGGAGUCUGCAGAGUCAGAGAAGAGAGGGAUGGAGUACCUACAACAGGCGGCAGAGGCAGGCCACAGGGCAGCCAUGAUCGAACUGGCCAAACACCUCGACACUGGCAGCUCUGCGGUCAGGGAGCAGAACUGGGAAAAUGCGGCCAAAUGGUACAGCAGAGCCUUGGAAACGCCGUCUGGUGCCAGCGAUGCAACCGACACCAGUUGCCAGGCAACAGAGUCGGCCAAUCCAGAUUACAUCAUCACUGCCCGUCUGGCUGAGAUGUUCCGCAGUGGCGGGCACCGAUUGGAGAAAGAUCCCAACAAGGCCGGAGAACUGUAUACCCAGUCGGCCGAGGUUGCCAUGGAGAUGAUGAAGGGUAAACUUGCCAACAAGUACUACAUGUUGGCAGAGGAGGCGUGGUCAGAAGUGGGGGAUGGUGGGGAAACCUGAUUGGUCAAAGUUAGCCUACAUCUCUAAACUGCACCUUCAUUUUUUUGAUAAGCGCAACAUACACAUCGAAAACUCUAUGGUGGAUAAAAAACGGUCAUGAAAAUAAUCACAACACGGAAAUGAAAUUGACGAAGCGAAUGAGAUACAAAUAAUUGCGAUUGGUGCAAGUCAUCGAUACAUUUCUUGUUGUCGGCUCAUGUCUUCAAAGGUGUGCCUGCAUUGAGAGAGGCAGAGAAGAGAGA